AUGUUGUCUCUGCAGCCCUCCCCUGAUCCGCCAUCUGCAUGGCUCGCUGUUGUAACGGUUCUCGGGCUUCCGAUUGCACUGUGGUCAUACAAGAUCACACAUUACAGGUGUGAGGAAAUAAGUCUACAGAGUGAGAAACGCACCAUGUUAUAUGGGCUCGUCUUGCAGAACGAGGAUGUCAAUACAAGCUGCCGCGAGCCUGAUGUAGUGAUUGUGUAUUUGCAAGGCAAUGCAAGUAAUCCCUUGGCUCGUAUUCCCGUUUUCGAGCGGCUCCUCUCAGCGAAGGCACUUGGUAGGCUGGAGCCAAUAGAGCCUAAAGAAAAGCUCAAUAUGGCUGUAAUAGCCGUCGCACCGCGAUCCUUUUGGAAAUCCUCUUCGCGUACACCUACGCAGCGUGGGCUUCUUGCAGAUUACGCACACGUCCUCUCGGGAAUGAUCCUUGAGAACCCGUUCUCCUCAAUCCCAGACAUGGUGCGCGCACUGUACCCGCAGCGUUGGAUGCCAUACCGAUACCUUGCCCCAAUGGCAUUCGAUAAAUGGGAUGCGGUGGCCGCAAUGCGCUCGACGAAAGAUCGACUAGACGCGCUGCUUGCACGGCUCUCUGCGAAUAUGCUCAUGCUGCUAAGCGAGAAAGACGAGGUCGUGCCGAUGUCCAUGGGCGCGGAGCUUUAUGACGCCAGCGAGACCGACCAGAAGGGUUCUCGUGACGACGGUCUGUCCGUGAAGCGUCGAGUGGUUAUCCGAGGAGCUCUGCAUGAGAAUGCUUGGACAGAGAGGCAAUGGCGAGAUGAGAUGCUGGGGUAUCUAUGUAGCGUGCACCGGACAGCGCAAAAUGCUCUCCAUACUACUAGAUAGACUCAGAUCGUCCGAAGCACGCCUACAAUACAUGCACAUUAUCCGGCA